CCGUUGUCGAAUUUUGAUCUUUAAUUGCAAUACUCGACACAAUAUUUGUUCUACGUGCGUAAGCCAAGCAAUAAAAUGUGUUUUCUGUGCACCCAGUGCACAGAUGAUGCCGUUGGCAUUAUCCAGUUCGGCACCCCCGAAGCUGAAUUGCUCGACAUAAAUCAAAUCAUUGAGAAACAUUUUUGGUUACGGACCAAGGACGUCAGUGGACACAUUUGUGGUACGUGCUGGGACCAAUUGUAUGCAUUCCAUAAGUUUUACACAAAUGUAGAGCAGGCACACGAGCAACUUCUCCUGCAAAGCACCACAAAAGAAGCCGAAACCGAAGCGAAUACAACGCUUAAAAUGGAGCCAGCUGUGCAGGUACAGGUGAAUCCGAAUCCUGUGCAGCAGGAGACCGGAUUUGCUGGUGACAGUGUGGCAGCUGCUGUGAAGCGUCGACGAGGACGUCCCCGCAAACAGUUGCCCGGCAAGGAGGCCAUAGUUAUCGAUAGCAAUGAAUUUAAAGCAGUGCUGGAGCAGAUCAAUCUAAAUGAGAUAAAAAUUGAGUUCCCCGAAGCGGAUCUAAGCAUUGCCGAUGUGCUCGAUGAUCAGGAGGAGCAGAAUAUAACCGAUUACCUGGAGCAAAGCGAGUGCGAAAGCGAUGCUGCCGCGGCAAUCACCAAGUCCAACAAACGAAAAAGAACGCAAAAGGUGAAAAAACAUUGCAAAAAAUUAAAAGUGGUCAGCAAGGUAAAAUCUAGCGGCGUUCGCAAUAUAAAGAAAUCGCAAGAGUUCAAUGACUACAUCCGGGAGCACUAUAAGGUGCACUGUUCCAUUUGCAAUGUGCCCUUGGGUGACUUCUCCGAGAUGCUGGUACACACGCGCAAAGAGCACAAUCAACGGGGCUUUGCGCUGUGCUGCAAUCGCAAGUUCUGGAAACGUGGCAUUCUCGUCGAUCAUCUGCAACGCCAUCAGAAUCCGGAGUUCUUCAAGUGUCACAUUUGCCAGCGCGUCAUGGGCCAUCGUCGCAGCCUCGAGAUGCAUAUGCGCAUGCACGAGGUCAAGCAACGUGGUCGACUCUAUCAGUGCGAGCAAUGCUCCAAGAGCUUCUACAGCUCCAUCGUCUGUGAGCGCCACAAGCUGACCCACAUUCCCAAGGAGCAGUGGCAGGUGCCCUGCACCAACUGCAGCAAGACCUUCCCCAAUGAGUAUCUCAUGCAGCAACACGUGAAACUGGUGCAUCUGCGUAAGUUCGACAAGAUUUGCGAUGUGUGCGGCAAGGCGGUGCGAGGACGUGCGGGGCUGGCACGUCACAUGGAGGAACACGCUGGUGUGCCCCAGAAGACGAUCAAGUGUCAUCUGUGCGAAUCGACGCUGACAACCAAAUACGGACUGGCGCGUCACAUUAAAAUGAUGCAUACGGCGGAGAAUCUGCAGCCGAUGCAAUGCGAAAUAUGCCUGAAAAUCUCACCCAGCCUGCAGGCCCAUCAGCACCACAUCAAAUACACACACAAUACGGAACGAACGCACCAGUGCCCCAUGUGCACGAAGGCAUUUAAACGGCCCAAUGAAUUACGCGAGCAUCUGACAACGCAUACGGGCGAGGUGUUGUAUACAUGUCCGCAUUGCCCGAAGACCUUCAACUCGAAUGCAAACAUGCAUGCGCAUCGCAAGAAGAUGCACUUCAAAGAGUGGCAAGAACACCAUUUACGGCAUCAGGCAAGACACCGUAAAACAACGGACAGCAUAAUUUCCGUAAGUGUGCGCAAAACAACGGAAAAAUCGGCAGCAGCAACAGCUGCAGCAGUUGCAGCAGCAGCAUCGGAGGAGGCAACGGCCGAGAUUGGAUUGGAGUGUUGAUUAAGUGCCCUUUCAAGUGAUUAU